GACAUGAUAAGAGAAUCGGUUCGUGAAUGCUAUGAAGACGAAGCGAAUACGAUUAAAAUUGAAAUAACUGAAGAAGGCUUUCGCGAUAUAUUACAAGGCGAACAAGAGGAAGUUUCACGCAAUGGGAAAUGUUUGCGUUAUUGCAUUCUCAAGAAUAACAAUUUGUUCACUCCCGAUAAUUUAUUAAGUGAAGAAGACGUCCUACAAUUUUUUGAGAAUCUAUUCGCCGUCAGAGACAUUGAUACGAACAUUAUACAGCAUAUUAUUAAAAAGUGUGAUAAGGCAAUGAAGCAUGAAGAAGAUCGUUGUGAACGUGCCCAUACAGCGUCCGUGUGUAUUUUGAAACAAUUAAAGGAGUUGGAACUAAUCAAUUCAAAUUAG